AAUUUGUUUCCUUUUUUCUUCUUUUAAAUAAAUAUAUCAUCUUUUAUUUUAUUUUAAUUAAACAAUACACGAUCUUCAUCCUGCCGGCACGCAUUGUUGUGUGUAUCAACAUUACUACCCCACUGGUGCUUUUCUUCACUUCUGUGUGCAGUGGAGGUGGUAAUAAGGUAGAAGAAAAUCAAUUCUGUUUAAAACCCUAAAAACCCUAGCUCUCGCAAAUCAAUUCCUCCGUCUAGUGCCAAGCUCGAAGCUUUAAUUAAUCAAACAGAAAAACGUAAAAACGUAUGAUGGAAAUCGAUCAAUCCGAGGACGAAAUCGAAAGAAGAUCCGAUGUGCUGCGAAAUCUAUCAAGAAAGGGUCCGCUACCCACUUCCAUGGCAAAGCUAUCUGGCUCGUCGCGCAUCAUACCCUCUCGAAAGGACUUCCAUUUCUACAACAAUUUUCAAGAAUUCAAGCACCCAGUUCAGGAAUUCGACAGGAAGUCGAAAAAAUUGCUGGAAAAAAUUGGGGCGUCGGAGGAUUUGUUCGGGAGGCAAAUACCGCUUCCAGUCGACAAGGACGUCGAUUUGGACGAUGACGAUGACGUUGCGCUCGAUUGGCUGGUGAAUGUGAAUGACGAGAUUUUCGAGAGGUUUGACGUGACCUUGGAUGAUUUCAGGAGGGUGCGUAAUGAGGAAGAGAAGAGUGGCGUGAAGACGGUGAGAGUCAGUGGGACUGAAGAAAACGGGUUUCAGAUGGUUUAUGGGAAGAAGAACAAGAAACCUCCGGGAGGUGUCGGGGGGAAUGUAGAUGUGGAAGUGAAAGGGGCUCAGGAAGUGAAGGUGGCUACCAAGUUGAAGCCGAAAGUUCCAUUUCAUGUGCCGUCUAUACCAAAGCCACAGGACGAGUAUAAAAUCAUUGUGAAUAAUACGAACCAGCCAUUUGAGCAUGUCUGGUUGCAGAGGAGUGAGGAUGGUUCUAGGUCCAUACAUCCUUUGGAGGAGCUCUCUGUUCUUGACUUUGUUGAUAAGAGUGAAAGUAUAGCUGAGCCUGAUAAACCUCUUCCGAUCGCUGUUACCCCACUCAAAUAUGUGCAGGAUGUGAAAGAUUUGAAGCAGUUAGCUAUCACGCUGCGUAAUGUGAAUGAGUUUGCGGUUGAUUUAGAACAUAACCAAUAUAGGUCUUUUCAAGGGCUGACAUGUUUGAUGCAAAUAUCGACAAGAACUGAAGACUUUAUCAUUGACACUCUGAAACUUCGCAUUCACAUUGGUCCAUAUCUGAGAGAAGUAUUCAAAGAUCCAACUAAGAGAAAGGUAAUGCAUGGAGCUGACCGGGAUAUUGUGUGGCUUCAACGAGACUUUGGGAUUUAUGUCUGUAAUAUGUUUGACACUGGACAGGCCUCAAGGGUAUUGAAAAUGGAAAGGUACAGCCUGGAACAUCUGUUGAGUCAUUUCUGCGGAGUUACAGCAAAUAAAGAAUACCAGAAUGCUGAUUGGAGAAUUAGACCACUUCCACGCGAGAUGGUCAAGUAUGUAAUCUACAGGAAAUUCUGUUUGUUUGAUUGGUUUCCUUACAUUUUUUACUUGAAAAUGUCGGUAUUGGUCUACAAGCGCAGUUACGAUAUAUGCACUCAACUCUACGAAAAAGAGCUUUUGACUGAAUCGUCAUAUCUUUACAUUUAUGGGGUGCAGAGUGCUGGGUUGAAUGCUCAGCAGCUAGCAGUUGUUUCUUUACAUGUUUUUACUGAAUUCUUGAAUGGCCUGAAGGGACUUUGUGAGUGGAGGGACGUUGUUGCUCGUGCAGAAGAUGAGAGUACUGGUUAUGUGUUGCCCAAUAGGACUCUUAUCGAAAUUGCUAAGCAGACGCCUCUCACAGUGAAUCACUUGCGUAAGGUCUUGAAGUCUAAGCACCCUUAUAUCGAAAGGAAUCUUGGUUCAGUUGUCAGUAUUAUAAGGCACUCUAUCCAAAAUGCUGCUGCAUUUGAGGAGGCUGCUAAACUUCUUAAAGAAAGACGCUUGGAAUUGGCAAAUGAAGGGAACACUUUGGCCAAGGAAACUGAAGUGCCGAAUUUUAAAGCUCCCAAAGAAAUAAUAAAAAAUUCUGAGGGAGGCAAUAAUUUGCAGAACAGUCCUUCACGUAAUGAUGUUGUGGUUGAGACAGGGUCUGCCCAACUUAAGGCUGAAGCAACUAUUCAGCUGCUGAAGAAGCCUAGCCGAGCUUUUGGUGCAGUACUUGGAAAUUCAGCAAAGAGGAAAUUCAAUCCUGAUAAAAUCGAAGACGAAGGCAGCAAGCUAGAUGAGAUAAAAUCAACUGUUAGCCUUCCAUUCCAUACUUUCCCGGACACAAAUUCGAGACUCCAAAUGGAUCCCAAAGAAUCUUCAAUAGAAAGUGUCAUUGUCUUGGAUGAUGACUCAGAUGCUGAUGAUGACUCAGCUAGAGAAAACACAACUGAAAAAAAUGAGGAAGAACAAAGUUGGGAUUCAGAGCCGCCAGACGAGCCCAUGUCACUCGAUGACCUGUCUUCUAGCUUCCAGAAUUGCUUACCUUCACAAGGUCAGUCUAUAAGUGCAAACUCAGUUGAUAAAUCUCAAUCUUUGUUAGAGGUGAAGCCUUUUCGUUGAGCCAAUGGAAAGUAGGACUUGUGUUUGGAUGUUGUGUAUUUUGUUUAUGGAUGGAUAGUGUAUAAAUAGAUUUGAAUUUGGUUUGUAUGAAUGUAGAUUUGACAUUUUCUUCUUUGGCCUUCCUUGCGGAGUAAAUGUCAUAAAAUAGUCGCUUGCGUUGUAGA